AUGUUUUGCUCUCACGAACUCCUUUUGCAGCGCAAAACAGAGUGCUCUUAUGAGCAUAAAAUACAAGAUUAUAAGGCAAACAUACUUUUGUCUUACUGUUCAGAGAGAAGUCCAUUAUUAACUCCAAAUGUGCAGUGUGUUUCUAAUUGGCAUUCACUAGAGGAAGCGGUUAUUGCAAUCCAAAAAAAGCAGAAAGCGGAAAUAACUUUUGAGCAGCUUUAUCAUACAGUAGAAAACCUAUGUAAUUUUGGCUAUGGAGCUAACAUAUACGAGAAGUUGCGAGAAUGUAUAUUAAAUCAUGUUAAAUCGGGAUUAAGCGGGUUGAGUGAGCACUUUGAUGCUACAGUUUUGUUUCUACAGCGUCUGAAUGUCUUGUGGUUGGAACAUUGUGAGCAAAUGGUUAUGAUCAGGAGCGUAUUUUUGUUCCUAGACAGGACUUUCGUACUGCAGACGCCAUCAUUGCCUUCUCUUUGGGAUCUUGGGCUGGAAAUUUUUCGUGAUACUAUAAUAGUUUGCGAAUCUGUAAGGAGUAGAACAACUGCUGGUCUUUUGAAAAUGAUAGAAACAGAGCGUGAAGGAUCACAGAUAGAUCGCCAACUUUUAAAAUCUCUUUUACGCAUGCUCAUGAAUCUUGGGGUCUAUCAACAGGUUCCUGCGUAUUUAUUGCAUGUGAAACGGAGGCUGGAUGAAGAGGUUAAUCGUGUCGACUAUUACUUGGAUUUUGCUACCUGCAAACCUUUAAUAUCCUUGGCAGAGAAGCAUCUUAUUGUUGACCACAUGGAACUUUUUAUGAGCAAAGGUUUUGAUAUAAUGUUAAUGGAGAACCGUUAUGACGAACUCACUUUAAUGUACUCUUUACUUAAGCGGACAGAAAACGGUUUAGUGCUUUUGAAGAACUCUUUUGCUGCGUACAUCAAGAAAGUGGGAAAGGCUCUUGUAUUAGAUGUUGAUCGGGAAAAAACACUUGUAGCCGACUUGCUGAAGAUGAAGAAAAAUCUUGAUUACGUCAUCGAAGAGUGCUUUGAGUCGUAUGAAAAGUUUAUCCAAGCAGAAAAGGAUGCAUUUGACUAUUUCAUUAAUACACGUCCCAAUAAACCUGCGGAGCUAGUGGCAAAAUAUAUGGAUGCAAAACUAAGAGCCGGAAACAAAGAAGCUACCGAUGAGGAACUAGAAAAUUUGAUGGAUGAUGUCAUACUAAUUUUUCGUUUUAUUCAAGGUAAGGAUGUCUUUGAAGCUUUUUAUAAGAAAGAUUUGGCUAAACGUUUAUUGCACGGAAGGAGUGCCUCAGUCGAUGCUGAAAAGUCGAUGCUAUCAAAAUUAAAACAUGAAUGUGGAGCUGGAUUCACUACGAAACUCGAGGGGAUGUUUAAGGACAUAGAACUUUCCAAAGAUCUUGUCAUUGCUUUUAAACAGUAUAUGGAGCACGGUGGGCCUGAUCGUGAGCUGAAACACAGUACAGGAAAUAUUGAUUUUAGUGUCAACGUCUUGACUAUGGGUAAUUGGCCUUCUUACGAGUACAUGGAAGUCAAUAUACCGCCGGAUCUGGCUGAGUAUGGAGAACUUUUUAAGCAGUUUUACUUUUCCAAGCACAGCGGUCGAAAGCUACAAUGGCAGCACAGUUUAGGCCAGUUUCUCCUCCGGGCACGUUUCAAGGCAAAUGUUGUCAAAGAGUUGCAAGUGACUAUGUUCCAAGCACUGGUCUUACUUCUCUUCAACGAAAAACCCGAAUGGUCGUAUGAAGAAAUAAAAAAUGCAACAAAAAUAGAAAAAGGGGAGCUUGAUCGAACUCUUCAAUCACUUGCUUGUGGUCGACUGAGGGUUAUUUUGAAAACUCCACGAGGGAAGGACAUAGGGUCCAGCGACGUUUUCAAAUUCAACGCAGAUUUUAACGACAAACUUUAUAGGAUUCGGAUAAAUCAAGUUUUGUUGAAAGAAACGGCCGAAGAGCACUCUCAGACUGAGGAACAAAUCUUCCAAGAUCGACAGUAUCAAAUUGAUGCAGCUGUUGUGCGUAUUAUGAAGAUGCGGAAAACCUUGUCUCACCCACUGCUCAUUUCUGAGUUAUUUAAUCAGUUGCGGUUCCGCGCAAAGCCGAUUGACUUGAAAAAGCGCAUAGAAAGUUUGAUUGAGAGAGAAUACAUGUGUCGGGAUGCUGAAGAUUCCAACAUUUAUAAAUAUGUCGCCUAA